GCUACCAACUCGAGCUUUUCCUGGCGCAAGGUUUCAGUGUCGGGGAAGGCUUUGCGACGAAGCAGGAGGAGCUGGAAGCUUUCGUCCAGCAGAAGAUUUCCGAAAAGUCCUUCCUGCUCGAGGGCCAUGCAGAGAGAUUCCUGUAUCAGCUUCCACCGCGUGGUGAAUCCUUACAGCUAGGCCGUGUGUUCCAGGCAAUGGAGGCGGAGAAGAACCGCCUGGGCAUCACAGACUACAGCCUCUCCCAGCCUUCUCUCGAGCAGGUUUUCCUCCGGUUCGCGAAGGAGCAGUUUGAUGCACAGAAAGCUGAGGGGACGGAGUAG